CGGGAAACCCUGUCCGGGUUUGCAGAUGAAUCAGGUCCACGGAUCGCAGCUGACAGAGUGGCAUAACCGGCAAAGUCACUUACCAGAAGAUCCUGACCCGGAUUAGAUUACUGAAAACCCCAUACUAACCCAGUAAAAUAAUGGGUACUUAGUAUAGAGUAGUUUGCGCGCUGAUUCAACGCAGUUUUCGCACAACACGCGCCAACCCAUUUCACAUUUCCAAGCUCCCCCCGACCCUCCUCUCCCUUCCGGCCGCGCGCCGCACCACACCAUGUCGCCGCCGGAGUCCGGCGAGUCAGCCGGCGACCCCCUUGCGGAGUGCCUCCGCCUGCUCGAAGCGGUGCCCGCCGCGGCCGCGUCCUCCCCGGCCUUCCGCCGCCACUGGCCGUCCAUCUCCGCCUCGCUCGCCUCGCUGUCCGCGUCCCUCUCCAGCCCCGCGUUCCCGCCCAACGCGCAGCUGCUCGCGCCACUCGCGGCCGCGCUCUCCGCGCUGCUCUCCGUGGCUGGAGACGCGCCUCGCCUCGGGCACCUCCACACUGUUUCGCUCCUCUCCUCCUCCUCCGCCUCGCUGUCCCAGCUCGCAGCCGACGCGCGCCUCCUCGCCGCGCCCGCCCCCUCCGGCAGCGCCGGCGGAGGGGUAGGGGACGGAGCGGAUGGGCUGAUCUCCCGGCUCCGACUGGGGUCCGCCGUGUCCCGCGCGGCGGCUCUGGAGGAGCUGGCCAGCUCCGUGGGGACGCUGCCGCCGUCCUCCGCUGCCGCGGCCGUCUCCGCGGUGGCGGCGAUGCUUGACUCCGGCGGGGACCUCCUCCCGGCGUCCCGCGAGAAGGCCGUGUCCGUGCUCGCCGCCUUCGCGUCGUCGGAGGCCGCGUGCCGGUUCUUGUCCCAGGAAUCCGGCACGGUCCUCCCCCACCUCUGCCGCGCGCUGGAGUCCGGCGGCGCGGGCGCCGAGCACGCGUGCGUGGCGCUGCUCCCGCUCACCGCAGCCUCACGGGACGCAGCGGCGGCCGUGGCCGCGCGCGGCGGGGUGGCGGCCCUCCUCGGCGCGUGCGCCUCCGGCACGCCGGCCACCCAGGCCGCUGCGGCCGGCGUUCUCCGAAACCUCGCCGCGUUCCCGGACCUCCUCCCGUCGUUCUGCGACGAGGGCGCCAUCCCUUUGCUCCUGCAGCUCGUCUUCCUCGGCACCCCCCGCGCGCAGGAACUUGCCCUCGGCUGCCUCCAGAACCUCACGGCCAGCGACGGCGACCAGGGCCAGCGGCUAAAGGUUGAGGCUUUCCAGGAAGGCGCGCUCGGCUGCGUCAAGGACUUCCUCGACUCCAGCCGCGGCGACGAGCCGGGCCUCGCGCCGGCUCUCGGGCUCCUCCGCAACAUGGCCUCCUUCCGCUACAUCGCCGAGAUAGCCGUCUCCGCCAGCUUCGUCUCCCUCGUCUCCGCCGCGCUGAGCAGCGACAAGUCCGCCACCCGCACGGAGGCGGCCAUGGGGCUGGCCGAACUCUGCAACGUCGGCAGCAGCGGCAAGGUGAGGAACGAGCUCGGGGACUCGAUCCCGCGGCUGGUCUGGAUGCUGGAGGCCAAAUCCGUCGCCGAGAGGGACGCCGCCGCUCGCGCGCUGGCCGCGCUCCUUGCCGCGUCGAGCGGGUACCGGAAGCUGUUCAAGAAGGGCGAGAGGGGCAUCGUCAACGCAGUCCAGCUGCUCGACCCGGUCGCCCGGGGCGUCGACAAGCGGUUCCCAGUGUCCGUCCUGCUCGCCGUCUCGGCGUCCCGUCGGUGCCGGAAGCAUAUGGUGGCCGCCGGCGCCUGCGGGUUCCUGCAGGGCCUCAUGGCCGCCGAGGUGGACGGCGCCAAGAAGCUCGCCGAGUGCCUGGGCAAAGGGAAUAUGCUCGGCGUGUUCCCGCGGACAUGACACCGAUCGAAUAACGGAGGAAUUCAGAGUUCUUGCGAUGAUCAAACCUUCGCUUAGCGCUGUAUGUAUAUGCCAUAGCCACUUCCCCUGCCUCAAUCCACCUCCUGAUAGCUUCUGCUGCUUCCUCUCUCUGUAUGAUGCUCGUGAUGAUGAUGAUCUUGUACAUGUCGGCGUGCGUCGUCCUGUUCGAUAGCUUAGGGUGCUACUGCUGCUAGAUGAUGAGUGUUGUAGCGUGCUGAAAUCAAUAAGAACAUGGAAACCUUGUAUGUAAUUCUUUAUCUGAAGAAAUUCAGCUGUUUUUUCUUUUCUUUCC